UUUAGCAGUGACCGCAUGGGGGUUUAAAUUGGAAAUAAUUGAAAAACUAGGGGAAGAAAAUGGCAUUAUUGUAAAAAAACGUACAGCCAACGGAAAGAGCACAAGUAAAAGAAUAAAGAAAAAUCAAUAACCAACUAAACUGAAAAUGGCGCUUCAAAUCCACUCUCCGUCUUCCUUAAAACCCUAUAAUCUUCUCCAAUUCCACUACCCCACAAGAACCCAUUUCACUAUCAGAGCCCAGAACACUUCGGAACCAUCCAAACCCGCCGUCAAAGUCAGCGAGACCACAGUUCCUCCUAAGAAAACCAGCUCACCUGGACCUGGUCUGGGGUUUGGCUCGUCUUCUUCUUCUUCUUCAUCUUCAACCAAACAGAAUGUGAAGUCUGUGACUGAUAAGAAUAAAGGAAAGAGGAAAAGAGAGAGGGCUUCGAUAAUUCGGCGGUCACCGGUCGGAAAACCCUCCUUUGCUUCUUCUUCCGAAGAAGAUGAGGCUAAGGCCAAAGAGAGGAGCAAAAAUGAGAGUGCUUUUCUUCUUGCUUGGUUGGGACUCGGUGGCAUCAUUCUCGUCCAAGGCAUUGUUCUUGCCGCAUCGGGCUUUCUUCCGGAAGAGUGGGACAAAUUCUUCGUGAAGUAUUUAUAUCCAUCUUUUACUCCAACAGUUGUCUUGUUUGUUGCGGGAACAGUUACAUACGGAGUGUUAAAAUACCUGCAAAACGAGGAACUUAAUGCCAAGAAAUAAUAUCUUAUCUGUAUAUCCUGAAACUUCUAGGUUGGAGGUGACACUAAGUUACUUAUGAGUGAAGAUUUGUACUUACUAUGUGUUUCAUGAUAGAUAGAUAAAUGAAAAGGAAACUCUGAAGCUUUUGCAAUGGGUACAAAGGCCCCAUUUACUGGAUCUUUUAGCAAUUACACCCACAAUGAUUGCCAAUGAAUUAGCUUCUUGAUAGGGUCUUUCCCUGUA